GACGUCUGUCAGGUCGGGAGGACAAGGGCAAGAGUGUGUGAGAGAGAAAGCAGCAGCUCAGAGAGAAGAAAGUCAGGGAACUAUUCUGUCCUCAGAAUUACAGUUAAUCCAGCUCCGGAGGAACAGCAAGUAUGAUGACGAUGACUCAGAUGGAGACCACGGUGCACUAUGAUAACGGCUACGACGAGUAUCAAUACAUGAACCAGGAGGAUGAGUGGGACAGGGACAAUCUACUGGACCCUGCCUGGGAACAACAGCAGAGGAAAACCUUCACAGCCUGGUGUAACUCUCACCUGAGGAAAGCUGGAACUCAAAUUGAAAAUAUUGAGGAGGACUUCAGGAAUGGACUAAAACUCAUGCUGCUUCUGGAAGUUAUCUCAGGAGAGAGGUUACCCAAGCCAGACAGAGGGAAGAUGCGGUUUCAUAAGAUUGCUAACGUCAACAAAGCGUUGGAAUACAUCACGAGCAAAGGAGUGAAACUGGUGUCCAUUGGUGCUGAAGAGAUUGUUGACGGUAAUGUAAAGAUGACUCUUGGAAUGAUCUGGACUAUCAUCCUCCGCUUCGCCAUCCAGGACAUUAAUGUGGAAGAAACAUCUGCCAAGGAAGGUCUUCUUCUGUGGUGUCAGAGAAAGACUGCCCCCUACAGGAAUGUCAAUGUUCAAAACUUCCAUGUCAGCUGGAAGGAUGGCCUGGCCUUCUGCGCCCUGAUUCAUAGACACAGACCCGACCUCCUCGACUACUCUAAGCUCAACAAGGAUGAUCCUCUGGGGAACCUGAACCUGGCUUUUGACAUAGCCGAGAAACACCUGGACAUUCCCAAAAUGCUGGACGCAGAAGACAUCAUCAACACCCCGAAGCCCGAUGAAAGAGCUAUCAUGACCUAUAUGUCCUGCUUUUACCAUGCCUUUGCUGGAGCUGAACAGGCAGAGACGGCUGCCAACAGGAUCUGUAAGGUGCUCGGUGUGAACCAGGAAAACGAGAAAAUGAUGGAAGAGUAUGAGAGACUGGCCAGCGAGCUGCUGGAGUGGAUCCGCCGAACCACUCCCUGGCUGGAGAACCGGACCCCAGAGAAGACCAUGGCGGAGAUGCAGCGAAAGCUGGAGGAUUUCAGGGACUACAGGCGCCAGCACAAGCCCCCUAAAGUGCAGGAGAAGUGCCAGCUGGAAAUUAACUUCAACACCCUGCAGACCAAGUUGCGCAUCAGCAAUCGCCCUGCCUUCAUGCCCUCCGAGGGGAAGAUGGUAUCUGACAUUGCCAGUGCAUGGCAGGGCCUGGACCAGGCAGAGAAAGGGUAUGAGGAGUGGCUCCUCACAGAGAUCCGUAGGUUGGAGAGGCUGGACCAUCUGGCUGAAAAGUUUCGCCAAAAAGCCACCAACCAUGAGAACUGGGCCAGCGGUAAAGAACUGAUCCUCUCCCAGAACGACUAUGAAACAGCCACCCUGAUUGAAAUCAAAGCAUUGCUUCGAAAACACGAGGCCUUUGAGAGUGACUUGGCAGCUCACCAGGACAGAGUGGAGCAGAUUGCAGCCAUUGCACAGGAACUAAAUGAGCUGGACUACCACGACGUGGCUGCUGUAAACCAGCGCUGCCAGAGCAUUUGUGACUUGUGGGACAAGCUGGGAACCCUGACUCAGAAGAGAAGAGAGGCACUGGAGCGGACAGAUAAGCUGCUGGAGACGAUUGAUCAGUUGUUCAUAGAGUUUGCCAAGAGGUUGGCUCCGUUCAACAACUGGAUGGAGGGAGCCAUGGAGGAUCUGCAGGACAUGUUCAUAGUGCAUACUAUUGAAGAGGUUCAGAGUUUAAUCGCAGCUCAUGAGCAGUUCAAAGCGACUCUCCCCGAGGCGGAUGCAGAGAGACAGGCUCUCUUGGGAAUCCACAAUGAAGUGCAGAAAAUCUCCCAGAGCUAUGGGAUAAAGGCUAACAUUGUCAACCCAUAUAGCACCCUCACAACUGAGGACCUUAUCGAAAAGUGGGACAAGGUGAAGAAGCUGGUUCCUCAGAGAGAUGGUGCCCUCCAGGAGGAGAUGGCCCGUCAGCAUGCCAAUGAAAGGCUGAGACGACACUUUGCUGCCCAGGCUAAUCUCAUUGGACCGUGGAUACAAACCAGGAUGGAGGAUAUUGGCCGCUGCUCCCUGGAGAUAGGAGGCACCCUGGAGGACCAGAUGACCCAGUUGAAGCAGUGUGAGCACGUCAUUGUUGCCUACAAGCUCAACGUCGACAAGUUGGAGGGAGACCACCAGCUAAUCCAAGAGUCCCUGGUGUUUGAUAACAAACACACCAACUACACUAUGGAGCAUAUCCGUGUCGGGUGGGAGCUGCUCCUCACGACUGUCGCCCGCACCAUCAACGAGAUCGAGACCCAGAUCCUCACCCGGGAUGCCAAAGGAAUCAGCCAGCAGCAGAUGAAAGAGUUCAGAUCCUCUUUCAACCACUUUGACAGGAAGAAGAAUGGAGCAAUGGAGACUGAUGACUUUAGAGCCUGCCUCAUCUCUAUGGGUUAUGACUUGGGGGAGGUGGAGUUUGCCCGUAUAAUGAUCCUGGUGGACCCCAACGGUACUGGAAAGGUCUCUUUCCAGUCUUUCAUAGACUUUAUGACCAGAGAGACUGCUGACACGGACACUGCUGAGCAGGUUGUGGCAUCCUUCCGCAUCCUGGCAACUGACAAGCCCUACAUACUAAUGGAGGAGCUGAGGAGAGAACUUCCCCCUGAGCAAGCAGAGUAUUGCAUCAUGAGGAUGCCGCCAUACGCUGGCUCUGGAGCUCCACCAGGGGCGCUGGACUACACCGCCUUCUCCACUGCCCUCUAUGGAGAGAGCGACCUUUAACUGACUAAAAAAAACCUUUCACCUACUGACCAUGAACCUAACCACCCCUCCCUACCUAUCAUCCAUCCCGAUGAAUUUAAAGAAUCUAUAAGAAAGUUGGUUCAAAUAUGUUGAAUUGAAUAUGUUUGUGACCAUCCCUGGUUUUUGUUGAUUAGUUUUUUUGACAUUUGGCUGUCUACAAUCAUGCUGAGCAUUUUCAAAUGUCUUGGUAAUCUUGUUCUGUCCUCUUGGAUAAAAUUGCCCCCUAAACAAAUAAGAAUUUCCAUGUUUAAAUUAUAUUUUGAGAAAAAAACGAUUGUAUAUUUUAUCUUGUGUGUUAUGGAGUUUGUGCAAAAAAAUGGUUAUGUGAUUAGGAGAAAAUGUAAUCAAUCAUAAAUACAGAUCACUAGAACAUAGACGUCUUUAUGUCCUGAUUCGACUAGAAGUGUCUUGUAGUGUUUAAGGUUUCCUCCCAGUGCCUUUGUUUUGGGAAUACAAUCUCCUGAUAGGGCGUUUUGAGAUGCUUCAAAGUGAAUUACAGUUUACUAAAGCAAUUUCAGACGUCCUGCCAUCCAACAAUAAACAGUGUUCAAAAUGGGUUCCCAAAAGUCUAAGAAUACACAGUAUCAACAAAGGAAAAGUGGGAAACUACAAGAAUGCAAAAGUAAAUUGCUCAGUGGUUUAAAGGCAGAGAAUGCAGGUGAUUAAAUGUGCAUUAUUCAUGAAAAUUGUGUUUUAGGAUUGAAACAUUUUCUGAGGGAGCAACAAAUAUGUAAAUGCUUACAUGUGCCAAGAGAUGUAAAAGAAACUGCAAAAAUCAACACACAAAUAAGAAAAUAAAGAUUGAAUGACGCACAACAGGUCCUUA